CGAACAUUCUUCUCUCUCUUAUACAACUACUUUUCAAAAACCACUGGCGUAAAUUCCCGAACAAAUGAAAAACCCUGAACACCAAACACAAACACCAACUAUAAAAACAGAACUCAACACCCUCAGUUUCUGACAGCAUCAACUAACUAUGGAAAAGACACGCACUGUCGGAGUAGCCAUGGAUUUUUCUCCCACUAGCAAGGUAGCACUUCGUUGGGCCCUUGAUAAUCUCAUCAACAAAGGUGAUCAAAUCAUCUUGAUCAACGUUCAGCCUCCCCAAGCUCAUCACACCAGAAAGGAGCUUUUUGAGGACACUGGUUCACCAGCUUUGGUGCCUUUGGAGGAACUGAGGGAGUUGAAUUUUACUAAGCAGUAUGGGAUUGCAAGGGAUGCUGAGGUCAUAGAUCUGCUUGAUACUGCCUGGAAGACAAAAGGGGUAAAAGCAGUGGCAAAGGUGUACUGGGGAGAUCCAAGGGAGAAAUUGUGUGAUGCUGUGGAAGAUCUUCACCUUGACUCUUUGGUUAUUGGAAGCAGAGGUUUGGGUCCCAUUAAAAGGGUGUUGCUGGGCAGUGUAAGCAAGCAUGUCAUGACAAAUGCCUCUUGCCCUGUCACUGUGGUUAAGGCAAAACAAUCUUCAUAUUCCCGUCAUUGAAUCCCUUAAUGAUGAUAAUCACUUAAAUAGUAUACAUGCGUCUAUAUGGAGAAUCAAAAACACUGUGUUGUUAUUGUUCAAAAUGAUUGUCAUUUUGGCCAUGUUGUGCUUUUUGUGUACAUAUCUUAUAAUGAUGUUAUGUCAUAUAAAUAUUCAGUAUGGUUUGGUUUUUA